GGCACAGUAAGACGAAGCUACGCUCGUUCAAACUGCCGUUGCUUGUAGGUGAACUGAUUUUAUCUGAAAUCUACGAAAAAACGAAGAUGGAGAGAGAUUCUGCAGAAAAGUUUAAAACCCCGGCCCUGAGGAAGAAACAAGAGAUCAACAGCAGCAUGGCGCAACAGAGGCCAGAGUCUGAGAAAGACAGCAGACCAAGGAAAAGGAAAGCAAAUAACAGUCCUGAAGAUGAGACCCCAAGAAAACUGUUGAGGGUCUCUGAGGUGGCCGGAUCCUCCACAAGCUGCCAGGACCAGAUCAGGACAUUAAGGAGAGCAAAGAGGAAAAUGCCUGAAAAAGGAGAAGGACUUUCCCCACCGGCUAAAAAAAAGAAGAAAGGACUCCUGGAGCUGGUCCUGACUAAGGAGCCUCCUUCCUCCUCAGUGGACGUCAGCAAAGAGUGCAGCAGCUCCAUUCUGCCACAUCACUGUACAGAAACAAGAAAUUUAAGGAAGAGGAAGGCUAAGGACUUUGAAGAACCACCAGCCAGGAAGAGGGUGAAGAGAACGGAGACCAAAAAAGAAAGAGCAGAUGCUCAAAGAGCCAAAUUUAGGGAACAAUAUAUGGAGCUGCAACAGCUUGGAGAAGGAGGCUUUGGAUCUGUGUUUGCUGGCUAUCGAGUGGAGGAUAAUUUACCUGUAGCCAUCAAACACAUCCCAAAAGAUAAAGUGAUCCUCAAACAUAAGGAUGAGAACGGCAGGCAGCUGGCCAUGGAGGUGGCCAUCAUGUUGAAAUUGAAUGCUGUAGCAACCAGUUCAGGGGGGCAGUCUCCCAUUGUGUCCCUGCUGGACUGGUAUGAUGUGGACCAGGAGCUUAUUAUAGUGAUGGAGAGGCCCAUGCCUUCUGAUAACCUCUUUGACUACAUUAGUGACCACAAAGGUCCCAUAAAGGAGAGCAAGGCCAAGUUGAUACUAAAACAGCUGGUGGAAGCAGGGAUUUACCUUCAGGAUGCAAGCAUCUUCCACAGUGAUAUUAAACCAGAGAACAUCCUGAUUGAGACCAGCUCAGCAGUCCCACGAGUUGUCCUCAUAGACUUUGGUUUGAGCUGCUUUGACAAGAGGAGAAAAUUAGAGAUUUUCCGUGGUACCACUGAUCACAUCCCACCAGAAUUUGACAGACACGGGAGCUAUAGUGCUGGACCCACAACGGUGUGGCAGCUGGGAGUGGUCCUAUUUGAAAUUCUCCACAAGAAGAUGUUCAAGACCCCCAGCUUCCUCAUGAACAAGCUGAAGAUUGGCAAAAGGCUCUCCAAGAAAUGCAAGGACUUUCUAAGCAAGUGCCUGACAGAAGUCCCGGAGGAGCGUCCCACCCUGGAGGAGCUGUUGUGCCACCCGUGGUUUUCGUGAACUACACACUCAAACAUAACCACACACCACACUUCACAAGGGAUUUUUUACUUUUUCCCUCAGCAGGGAAUUCUGACCAAUUUUGGGCUGGUUAGACCGGCUCUUAUGAUUUUCCCCAUAUUCCAGAAACCCUUAGCUUAGUUAGAGAUUAUUGGCUUUUCUCCGGGUGCUCCGGUUUCUCUUAUAUUCCAGAAACAUCCCUUAGCUUAGUUAG